AUGCCCGUUGCUCCUGGGAGCAGCAUCACCUGCUCCAUUCUCCUCGCCGAACCAAAUCUUUUUCUUUCAGGGUUUAACCACUUAUAUCACGAUUGUUGUGAGGGCCAGAAUGGUACCGCGUUGUUGCGAGGAACGCUCCAACUAUGUGUCCGCCAGAAGACUAAGAUCAAGUCGGUGCAGCUCAAGUUGCUUGGGCACGCUCGCAUGGAAUGGCCACAGCAAACAGAGUCGGGUUUUUAUGAGGAGGAUAACUUGCAAACACAAGCGUUAACAUUUUUCAACGCCAUGAACAAUUGGGAGAAGGACGAUUAUGGGAACCAGUGCACGUACCAGCGUAAGAGCACAUCACCCAACGAUACCAACCUUGAAAGUAAAAUAAACACGUCGAAGUCAUUAGAGAUGAAUUGUCAGAGUGAUUUAAGUGCGAAAAGGAGACCGCGGUUGUCCCCCGGCCACAUUCAAACGCAAAGCUUCAACAAGGGCAGCAUGACGGCGCCAGUAACUCAAGCGAAAUGGUACAAGGUUUUUUAUCCGGGCACAUACGACUAUGCCUUCGAGUUUCCGAUCGACCAUCACCAACUAGAGACCAUAAAGGUACCAUAUGGCUCUGUGAAGUGGGAGCUGCGUGCUACGAUCGAUCGUGCUGGUAUGUUCAGCAUUAAUCUACGUGGCAGAAAAGAGCUUUCAUUUGUGAGAAUCCCCGAUCCAUUAUCUCUAGAGAUGAUGGAUCUAAUCUUAUUCAGCCGGCAAUGGCAGGAUCAACUGCACUACGACAUAAUCAUAUCUGGGAAGAGCUUCCCCAUCGGCAGCAUGAUUCCAAUUAUUUUCAAGUUGACGCCUCUCGAUAAGGUCCAGAUGCAUGGGCUUAAGGUGUUCGCGAUCGAGUCGAUAGAAUACUGGUCAAAUGACAGGAAGGCCACCAGGAAAACGCCCACCCGUACAGUCCUGCUCCUUCACAAGACAGCUACGAAAGCAUUUUUUCCGUCAUGGGCGACUUCAGGCCUUAUAACUGUCCGUGAUAGUGAAUUCAGCCCGGAGCCGAGAGGCGAGACUCGCGAAAUGGCUGCUGAACAACGAAGUGCGGAGGCAUCGGGGGGGCAGACCGCAGCCCAACCCGUGACAGGAACGCGAGAAAACAUAUUGGGCAGCUCGGAUACGGAACUGCAGAAUUUCUGGGGCACAACUGAGAUCGAAGCAGUUGUGCAAAUCCCCACAUGUAGGAUGAUGGCAAAGAACGAGGGCUUGAGGCUGCACCCGAAGUGUAUCUGGAAGAAUGUCCGCACGAGCCACUGGAUCAAGGUCAUACUGCACAUCAGCCGCCUUGAUGUGGAUGAUCCAAUUGGAAAAAGGCGCCGGUAUUUCGAUACCACCCUCCACUUGCCGAUUACUCUACUCGAUUGCCGAGCUAAUCAGGCCAACAUGAACCUUCCAUCCUACACCUAUGAGAAACGCCAGUUCGUGACCUGUCAGACAACCUGUGGAUGCCCCGAUGCUUCGAUCAUCCCUACCAAAAAGACGCGCCGCCAUGUAACUGGAGCACUGGCUGCACACCACCUUGUCAAUGACCAACAAGGAGCACCACCUGCUAUAGACCCUGAGCAUCCUACCCAGCUAUUGCGUGGCCGAAAUUUCAACCAGCCUAGCUUCAACAACGACAUCACACCACCCAUCCCUGAACUCAUCAAUGAUGUACCCCCACCGCACUACGACGACAUUAUUGGCGGCACCAAUGUCAACGGGCCUCGCAGGUUACUUUUCCCGCCUAGCAGAUUAUGACUUAGAUAGGACCCUUCGUUUUCAGUAGUGCCAUCCGCUCUCGCGAGGCAUUUCUUCCAGGUUUGGAGGUACACUCUCUAAAUAAGAAAGGCAAAGUGCGGGGUCAAAAGGUUGCACCCGAUUAGGCCAAGGUUUGAUAAUUGACUUUGGUGGGGUAGAAGAGACGUAUUGUUGGAGUGGAAGCUUAUUGGGUUGCUGAGGAUAAAGAUGAUAGAUAAUCAAUUAUGAAACUGGGCUCCGGGAUAUGGCCGGCCGCAUUGGGUACCGAGGUUGCAGUUGUAUUAUUUAAUUAUAAGGCUAUUAUAAAUAGAGCUAUUAAACAAG